AACGGCCACAGUUACUUGCACUACAGCGACCCGGCAACCCUGCGCAGGAUCGUCAGCUACAAGACCAGCAUCAACAUGCGCUUUCGCACGCGCUCGGCCUCGGGGCUGCUGCUGUGGAGCGGCCAGACGCGCAUGACGCCCGCGGGCGACUUCCUGGCGCUGGGCGUCUCCGCCGGCCACCUGCACUUCCGCUUCAAUCUGGGCGGCGGGGAGGUCACCAUCGUGUACAACGCCACGCGCGUCGACGACGGCCUCUGGCACCGCUUGCGCGCCGUCCGACGAAAAGUUUUCAAACAAAGGUUAGAGGAGCGAUUUGGUGCAAAACAGUGGACUGUAGAUGAUGAGAUACCUCCACGUCUAUGUGACAAGUAUGAACAAGAAGGUUCUCUAACUGUAGACAGCAGCCCUCCGGUAAGCCAGCGAGCACCGGGUAAUCUACGUCAGCUAAAUACGCACACAGGACUUUACUUGGGUGGAAUGGCUGACAUUGAGCGUGCAACUCUGAGGAAGUAUACGAGCGGCAUGGUGGGCUGCAUUUCGGACUUGAUUCUUGAUACUGACUACCAUGUUCAGCUAAUGCACAUGUCCACAGCUAGCAAGAGCAUUGAGCGCUGUGGUUAAACUGACAUCUUUGUUAGGUUAGAGUCAAACAACUUGAGACUUACUUUAUGCUACUAGGUACCAGACAUACACACUUCUUGACUUUGUUAGUCUUAAUAUAUGUAUCAUAUUACAUGUCAAGUACAUAUAUCAUGACUGAAGACAUCUAAGAAGUGUGAUAAUGUCAGAUAAUGCUAAGUCUCUGUGCGACCAAGACUUCUGUCACUCCUGCCAGCAAUCAAACAAACACUUGAACUUUACCCUGACCUGGUGAAGUGACCUUAAAAAAGUCUCUAACAGUACUUUAUUAAUUUCUUAAAACCAAUGGUCUACAUCCAUAGAAAAAUGAGUACUUGGAAUUAGGCAAUAUGGACUCUCAUAUCUGGAGAGAGAAAGAGAGAAUAAAAACAGGAAUAUAAAAAUUGUACAGAAAAGUAUGUGAGAACAGUUCUUCUAAGUCUGAUAGAAUAAUACAAUAUACUUAAAUAUAUGUUACAAAGACUUUUAUAAGUGAAAUGACCAGAAACUCAGUGUGAGAAGUUAUGAAACUAGGUGAGUUAUACUGGGAUCAGGUGUGCUCUUGUAAUAUGACUGUGUGUAUGUAUGCGAGUGUGUGAGCCAAUCCUGGGAUGAAAGUUCAUGAAUGAAUGGAAUCCCUCUAUUUGUUUGUUUUCUGUGACCCAGGCUAUCACUCUAUGUGUAGGAAUGCUGUUCAUAGCCAUGAGAACUGGAACGAAGCUUGACCUACAAUUUUCAAGUGCUUUAUAGAAGAAAUCCUCUUCUAACAUAGUGGCCUCAUACUAACCUAUUGGGAUAAGUGGGUUUAUCAAUUUGAAAGGUUAGAAUACUGCUCUGGGAGAACAACCAGUGGUGAAAGUAUACUAUGAUUAGCAGAUCAUAUGGUAAGAUCUGCCUUCUGAGAACAUUGCCAUUUUUUAAUACAUUCUGACAAUUAGCCUAAAACACCACAUCUCAUUCAUGCACUUGCAUCUUAUAAGGAAUAAAAGUUGUAUGUGCCAGUCCUCAGAAACAUUGACACAGAAUGAUGCUAAUAUAGUAUGUUUGCAUGUCAAAUUUCAUUUCAUCCUUUGAAUUGACAAGAAAAGUCCAUACAUGAUCAAUCAAGCAAUUUCUUGUCUCUUUACUGCAGCUAGGAUUUAAUAAAAGGGAAUACAUAUGCUCAGAUAGAGAGAACAGUGUCAGCUGAUUUCAUAGAAUUAAUGUAAUCAAAGUGUAUGCAUGGAAUGAGUGUGCACACCAGGAGAAGGGGCUGUUAUUGCCUUCCGUCCCCAUUCUUCAUUAAACUCAGCUUUAAAUAUUCUUUCAUAUCCUGCUGACAUAUCCCUCUAAUUCAGAAUGAACCUGUGACUGGGAAUGCAGUCUUUUUUUAUAAAUUUACGUGGUAAUUAACUUAAAAUCUAAGUUUACAAAGUCAUCUCUUAUCUCUUAUAACGUUUUGAGCAUAUCUUCUGUUCUAUGCUAUUUCCUAACCUAUUAUUAACAAGCAUCUAGUGUGUUGUGUUGGUCACUGCAAUGUUGUUUCUUGUAAUGAGUAUUGCUGAAAUGUUAUGAAUGAUAAUAAAAAUAAUAUUAUUAGUCAUUAUAGAAAUUCAUCUACUUUCACCACUGAGUUCAAAUGUACAAUGAAUUGCUCUUUAUCACAAGAGUAACAUAAAUGUAUACUUAUUAAAAGAAAUUUAUAAUGAAAAUUUGCUUUUUAAGAGAGAUUUAAAUUUCUUAAUAAUUGAUUAUGAAGUUCAGUCGGUAUUUCUGAGUUGUGUCAAAUUUUGUCACAGAGUGAUCAAUAUUGUGGCUUUUCAAAUUCCAAAUGUGGAAGUUCAGAUACACAAAAUGUCUUUGACAUACACACAUUUUGUCCAUCUCCCAGUCUCUACUUCUCUCCUUUCCUAUUGUCCAUCUCCCAGUGUUUACUUUCCUUCUUUCCACUUGUCCUAUUCCCAGUUUGUUCCCUUUCCUUCUCCUUGCAGUCUUCUAUUCCUGCUAUAUUGCAUCUUCACCCUGCAACAAAUUUACCUUCUCUUUCACAUUACACAAAGUAAACUUGCACUUGUUUUAUAUGGAACAAGUGUAAUAAGUGUCCUGACUUCUAAAUUAUAUAAUUCACAUUGCAAAGUGAUUUGCACGAAACUCUUUAUUCUGUAAAAUAUUGGCCAUUUAGUUGUCCUCUGUAAUUCUUACUGCAAUUUCCUAAAAAUGAUACUUUGACUGUUGAACAUAUUGAAUGUUUAUAUGGCACAAUAUUAGGAGUGUGUGGUAUGAAGAUUGUUUAAUGAUUCCCACAGAUAUUAGAACAUUUGCAAAACACUGCAUUACAAUUUAAGAUUUUUACACUCAACACAAAAUCGAUCAUUGGCAUAUGGAUGAAUUUUAAAGUAUUAAGCAAGGACAUACACUUCAUCGUGCUUGAAAACAUAUCAUUUUGUGGAAUGUGAACAGUAGUUAAUUAGUUUUGUAUGUUUAAGAUGUUUUCAGAGUGUAAGUUGAUGUUACAUUGUAAUGAGUUACAAUCAUCAAACACGUGACCAUGAGUUCCAGUCAAUACAAUAUUUUACAAAUUUAUGUCCUCACUGAAACUUGUAGCUGUGCUAUGGAAAAUAGAAACAAUUGGACAGAUGUGUUGUGUGAUUAACCCUUGGAGUAUAGGCUGUAGUAAUAUUUGUUACAAAAUGUGUGGUUUAAUGGAAUGUUAGUUCUUGGACACGACUCAAUGAUGUCAUGACAUACACUGAUUUUAAGCUGCAAUGGAAAUACUUGGCACAUAGUAAGAAAUUUACUGCUACUGCAAUUCAUGCAUCUGGACUGUCUCUUUCUAUUUCCCUUACAUCUCCUUCAUCUAAUCCCUUUUCCAUUCUUCUACAAUUGUCUUUGAAAACAAUGUUCCUCUGGUCCUGUAAAGAAGCUUUCUCUGAUGUAAUUUAUCAGUUUUGUAAAUCAUGAAAUCAAGGGAAAGUUUCUCAUUAUACUUGAUUGUAUAUUUGGCACUUAAUUUAUUCUACAUAAGUAUUCAAAGACAGCUAUACACAUUAUAAAUGAACUAAUUGAAAAAGUUGAGAAACAUGAAUUCAAGUAUUGUAAGUUUUACAGAUUCUAAAAGAAGUUUUAUCAACAUAAUAACUUUGGAAUUAUCUCCUAUUUUUAUUGCUUUUUCUUUGAUUUAAUUUGAAUAACAACUUAUGGUUUCAUGUUUCUCUGUAUCUCCCUAAACGAAAAAGGAAAAUUUCUUACCAUUGUCAUAACUACCUAAUAUGUCCAUCAUUGGUGUCAAUAAGGUAUUCCAUAGUUCCAAACAUAAUUACUGAUAAAUAAUGGAAAAUUUGUAUUUGUAGUUUAUUUUAACAGUAGGGUUUGCCAAAUAUGAUUCUUUGUUAUUAGUAGAAAACACGUUUUUUUAAUAGCAUUUUAAAUUUGUUUACAAUUACAAUAUAUACCAUUUUAAAUUUUCUGGGCAUAGAGCACCAAUAAUUAUAAAAUGAUAUCUGCUUUGUAUUUCCAGAAGCAUUUAUCACUACUGUUCACCCAUGCCUGUGCAUCACUCAUCACAUUCAUGAAUUUGGAUCAUUGUGCAAUACUGUUAGAAUUUGUCAAAUUUAUAAUAUAAUGCUUCACAUGCAAAAUAGGAUUGAUGUGAGGGUUCAGUGCAUUUUGAAAUAUUUCAGGUAUGAAAAUAGGACCAAAAUAAUGAUUCUGUUAACUUUAUGUGUAGAAUUGCUUAUUUAGAAUUCAUGAAACAAUUGUCAUUUAUUAUUUAUCAGUCCUUUUAACACUGCAAUUGAUUUAGAACAAUCGAACAGUAGCGGAAGGCAAGUUAUUUUCAAAUAGAAUUGUAAUGUGACUUAUGUGUUGUCAGUGCAUGGUAUAUACAUUUAGACUGUGCAGUAAUUCUAUCAGAUGAGCUGUGAUGAUCAAGUAACAGUUUAAUAGAUCAAGAUGUGAUAUACAUAUUUAAUAUUCAUAAUUGAUAAACAGGCAGAAAAUUCUGUUGCAGAGACGAUCAACAUUACAAGUAUAUUCAUAAAAUUUAUGAGAGAAAAAUAAUAUUUCUAUGGCUUCAUGUGAGUAUAGAUGUAAUAGCGACUUUAAAUUCAUAUGAAUGUCUUCAAUUACACAAGCAUAAAAGAUUACAUUACUCUGGAGACAAGCCAAUUCAAUCAACACACAUGAAUGGACUCACCAAAUAAGUCAAAAAAUCAAGUAACAAUAUACUUAAAGUAUACAUUCUUGAAUUAAACUAUUGACACAGUAGUAUAUUUUACAAAAUAUGAUUAAUGCUAUCACGCUCAUUUGAUUAUGUCACAUUUCCUUAUUGUGUGAUAAUAAAUGAUAUUUACCUACAAAACACAAAAUAGGCUAUAUAAAUAUAUCACAGUAAUCAUAUCAGCAGUGAAUUAAAAAUGAGUGAAGAUGUUAUCCAAUAUUAGAAAGAAAAGAAUCAGGAUAUAAACAAGUGGCAGAGUGAAGUAUCAUUGCUCAUCAUAAUCAUCAAAUAAGACACUUUCAUUUGACUUGUCGGAAAUAAAUUAUUCUACAUUAAUUUUAAUAAGUGAAUAUGAUUUAACAAAGGAUUCAUCAGAAGAUGGUUACAUUGAUAUUGUGUUCACAUACACCUCGUAUAUUUAAGCAAAAAUAUAUUCUGAGUUUAUGCGAGGUACUGUUAUUUCUAUACAAUAUUUCUCAAUAAUGUUAAGUUUGCCACAUCUACUAGUCUAUAUUGCAAUGAGCAAAUCAUUUCUAGUCUUGAUUUAAAAAAGUAUCAGAAAAUAUGUGCAUCCUUUAAAACACACCAAAAAAAGGGAAGGUUUUUAUUUAUUUUAUAAAUUAUUAAAGUAUUCAGAGUGUUAUUGAAGGAGAGAAACUGAUAAUAAAAUGAUUUAAAGGGUAACUGUACUAUUGAAAGACUCACAAAGCAAAGUGAUCUCACAUACUUCAAUUAUUAUGUAUGAUCACAAGUACCUUUUUUGUUUUUAAACACCUAUUGCUGGGCUGGAUAAACAAUACUGAGGAGAAUUUGCUGAUCACAAUCUCACUAUACAUUUUUAAAACAGAAUUGUCAUUAUUUGUUCAUUAUGGGAUGAUAAUAAAUAUUAUUUACAUACACAUAUACAAACUAUUUUCACCUUUAAUAGUAUAUUUAUUUAAUAAAUAAAUUGUUAUAUGCAGAGAAAUUGCCGUUUUUGACAACC